AUGGUCUUGCCAGGACACAUGGCUGGAAGCCCUCGGCGUCACCAUCGCCCCCUAUCACUGUCCAUCCCCGAGCUCAUCUCCGAGAUCAGCGGCACCAACCUCCGGGUGCCCAGUCCCCCCCGGCCAUCCUCAGCUCCCUCCUCGGGCAGACACUCUGGCGCUCUCUCCUGGGCUGGUUUUGAGGAGGAAGCCAAGACCAGAAGGCCCAAGGGCCAGGAGCGGAAGGCAGCCGCGGGCCAAAACCAGCCAGGGUCUGCGUCCUGCCGAAGCUCCACGAGCUACCAGGAGAGGGCCCGGGUCUGGCUGGCCCCGGAGGAGCUGGGCCCCCUCAGCCUUGUCCCCAUCGGGCCCUCCCCCGAGGGACACAGGGCUCCAGCCACUGAGCGCGACUCCCGCGGGCCACAGCUCAGCCACACCGUCCCAUGUGCACCAUCACCAGCUUGGAAGACCACCGAGGCCGCGUUCUGUGAAAACCACCCCACACCUCCCUUCCUGUGGUUGCUGUGUGUAAACAGAGGGCAGACGUUCCUCACCUACUUAACUAGCAGCCUCUGCGGGCACCAGAUGGCCUCACGCUCGGGCAGCGGCUCCUCCCAACUGGCUCACCGGGAAUCGAUCAGUGGAAUCCUGCAUGCCACGGGCGACAGAUCAGCCAUAAACCACGGCUCAGAGAAUGACGGAGGGUUUCAAACAGCGCUGGCUGUGCGGCGGGGACUGUUUACGGGUGACCUCGCCUCUCGCUUUGCAUCACACCCAGGGGAGGAUGUCCUGCUGGCGGCUGGACAUUCUCUGAAGCUCCGUGAAAUGGAUCCUUCAUUUCAAAAAGGCGCCAACAGUUCAGCUUCCUAA